AUGACUCUGACAUUUCUGGCAUUAGUGCCGAUGAGGGAGUGCGACAUUAUGAUGUCACCGCCGGGACCUCGCCCGCUCUGUGCAACCCAGUUUUCGCUAGUAAACUAUGCUUGCUCAUCAGUGCCAAUCGUGAGAAGGCCCCCAGGUUUACCUGCAGAGUCCGACGACGAACAACACAGCCAUCACCGGCACCGGCACCGUCACCGCCAGCUGAGCCCUCAAGAAGAAAGUUGCUGCCGGUGGGCUCAGGAUGUGGAUAGCCAAUGUGUGUGUGAACUUCUGCUUCACUUUCGCUUGCCCUCAUUUCUAAUGAGGCCAUCGCAUCAGUACACGCUCACCAUUGGAGAAUCUUGCGAGGUCACUUACUCGUGCGGUGGCCCCAUCUGA